AUGGAACUGGUGGUUACUUCUGGUGGCGAUGAGAGAGAGCUUGUUACAUUACUCAAAGUCUUCAAGAACUACUGCCCCGAUAUCAUUGUUGGGGACCUGGGUGUAUCUGGGAGGAAGGGACUGUUCUUCAAGCAUCCAGACCCUGAAUGGUCCAGCCAUGUGAGGCUUCUCCAAGACACAAAUAUGGAAAGGCUACAGGCUACUCAGCCCGCAAACUUUCAAGUGGUGCACCGUGGAAUAUCAAAAAGGAGCAAAAUGGAGGUUCUUGUACCGGAUGUCCAGACUUCACGUGUCUCCUAUGGCCGCACAUCAUUAGAAGAACUCCGUGGUGUUGACCACUUUGUUGACAAGCUUGACAAAAUUGAGUUACCAAACCAGAUCAUAUCGAUGAUUGGAGAUGGUAUCGCUCAAAAAUACUUGUUUCUUGUCCAACCUACGUCUGCUAGCCACCGUUUGGAUGAUUGGUGGGGAAGCUUCUUUAACGAAAACUUGGAGGAUGCUGAAGAUAGAGAUGAGAAACUCGAGUCCUUGAGCUACAUAAUGUCUCUUGCUGUGGGCUACGUACAAUACACAAAGGUACGAAAUUGCACCUGGAUAAUUAUUGUUUCAACACUGAAGAACAUACUAGGAGAUUCCUCCCCCGGUUGCCACUUUCUUGAAAUCGUAUCUUCUAUCAUGGAACGGGAGAGAUUUGAGAGAGCAAAUAUUCUACCUUCUCGAAUACCUUGA